GCAGCUCGUCUUUCCGGCCUCUGACCGGACGCCAGGCACGGUGUCACCAAGCCCGUAUAAAAGCGAGGGGCAGGCACAGUCCAGGCGCGCUGGGGACACGGGAGGACACCUGCCUAAAGAAGCUGCGCCGACCGGCCCGGACAGACCUCAGAAAAAUGAGUAAAAGCUACACCUUGAAGAAUCCGGCAAGGGUGUCCUACGAUGCUGGAGUGAUAAAGAUGUUUUGGGAGAAAAAAAUCGAGCUUCACACUAAACAGCUGCAGAACGAGGACAUGAGGAUCCGCAGGAGUGCCCUGGACAGGCUCCGCAGCGAGUGGGCUCGGAAGCUGGAGAGGAGGAACCAGAUGACGCUGAGCAGCCAGGAGGCGCCCCCGGGGCCCACCCCGCCCGGCACCCCCGACCAGCCCGCAGCCUGAGGCCCGACCUGCUUCCCCCGACGCUCCCGCCGUGGUCCCCGCGCCAGCAGAACCGCUUUGUGGUUUUGCGUCUCUAGCGUGACGCAAGCGCCCAAUAAAAUCUAAGAUGAGUGGA